ACACACACACACACACACUGUUACACAUAGUUACACACACACUCUAAGCGUUUCUCCGCAGCUCGGCCGUGUCUGUACUAACGGGACAAGUUGGAACCUCCGGGGUCUCGCAGGCGGCUCCUCGCUUCUCUCUCGGAGAAAGUCUACCACAGCUGAAAGGAUGAGGAUGACGAUGGUGGAAGGAGGCCGCAGCCGAAGGUGCAGCCCUCGCUAGGAAAAACAACAUUCUCCCCCAGUUUCACCCCUCCGUCAUCACCCCUCCAUCACUGCGGUCCCGUCCCCCUGCCGUCAUGGCAAACCACUUGGAGCUGAUCCAGGAGCUGCAGCAGCUGGACAAGGUGCCCAGCCUGGAGAGGCUGAGGACAGCCCAAAAGCGGCGUACGCAGCAGCUGAAGCGAUGGGCCGUGUAUGAGAAGGAGAUGCAGAACAAGAAGCGAAAGGCAGACAAGAAGGGACGCAACGCCAACAGCUUCCAGCAAGGAGAGUCCAAGAGGCACGUGUCGUUCGCCGCCAGCGUGGCUCUUCUGGAGGCAUCGGCCAGGAAUGAUCCAGAUGAAGUUCGUUACCUGCUGAGGAACAACGUGAGUCCAGACCUCUGCAAUGAAGACGGCCUCACCGCCCUGCAUCAGUGUUGUAUAGACAACUAUGAGGAGAUGGUGAAGAUCCUGUUGGACCGAGGAGCCGGCGUCAACGCUCAGGACAACGAGCUGUGGACACCUCUGCACGCUGCUGCCACCUGUGGCCAUGCAGGACUGGUCAAGAUUCUCAUUUCACACGGUGCAGAUCUGCUGGCGGUCAACUCUGACGGGAACAUGCCGUACGAUCUGUGCGAAGACGACCCAACCCUGGACAUCAUCGAGACGUCCAUGGCCAACAGAGGCAUCACCCAGGAGAUGAUCAACGAGACACGGGCGUCAACCGAGAGGAGGAUGCUGGGAGACAUCCAGGAGCUGGUGCGAGUGGGAGAGGAGGUCAACCAGCAGGACUCUCAGGGAGCCACACUGCUCCACAUCACAGCAGCUAAUGGCUACGUCCAGGCUGCAGAGCUGCUGCUGGAGGGGGGCGCUCGCAUGGACCUGAGGGACUCCGACGGAUGGCAGCCUCUCCAUGCUGCAGCGUGCUGGGGUCAGAUGCAUGUGGCAGAGCUGUUGGUGUCUCACGGAGCCAGCCUCAACGCCAAGACCUUCCUGGAGGAGACCCCCAUCGACCUGUGUGAGGACGAGGAGUUCCGAGCCAUCCUGCUGGACCUCAAACACAAACACGACAUCAUCAUGAAGUCGCAGCUCAAACACAAGACCUCACUGUGCAGGCGGACAUCCAGCGCGGGCAGCCGUGGGAAGGUGGUCCGGCGAGCCAGCCUGUCCGACAGACACAACUUGUGUCGUAAAGAGUACGAGACAGAGGCCAUCGUGUGGAGGGGGGGGAGAGAGGAGAACCACGAGAAGGAGAAGGAGUCUAGUGAGGAGAAUAUCCAAGUUGUUCAUGUCAAACCGGUCGUCGCUGUGGAGCUGCCAGACAAACCCAAGCUGCCCACCAUCCUCAAAGACGGCAGCAACAAACAGAACGGCCUCAUCUCCACCACAACGUCCGUGCCGCCGCAGUCGCCCUCCAAUGGCAACACGCCAUCGUCUGAUAACGGCGCGAUGGUAACCUCCCAGUCCAACCAGGAGGACGCCUGGCCAAAGGAGCGCGCCCAGACUCUGUCGGAGCUGAAGAAGCAGAGGUCGGCCGCCAAACUGUUGAAUCACCCCUUGUUCAACGGCCACCUAGGUAACGGCUCCACAGACUCCUUCUCCGAUGCCAAAAACAACUCUGAGGACCCCCGCAUGCCACUGGUCUCCUCCAAUGGCAGCGCUGUUUACUACACGCCGGCCAGCGGUGACCCGCCCCUCCUCAAACUGAAGCAGCCAAUGGAGGAAGAGCCGCCGAAGGCGCGGACGUGCUGCUGUGUGUCGUAGCGUCGCCGCCAAGUGACGCGUUUGCACAAAGAGGAUGAAAGUUAGGAAUGUGCUGAAGGAAGGAGGGAAGAGAGUGAAAGUGUUCCUGUCUUUUAACGUCCUGUUCCUCCACUUCUUUGAAACUUCUUCCAGAGAACAUGAGCCGCCUGAGGAAGGUCAGAGAGAGGGUUUCUCCCGGUCACGUGUCUCCUGCUACAACUGGAGAAACCUUUCACUUGUAGCAUAGAAGAGGAAAAGACUUUACCUCCAGACGUCACUUGGAUUAAAAUUCCUUUUCACACAGGACAUGCCAACCAGCCAUUGGAUAGAAAGAGCACAGGAUGCUGUUUCUCAAAGUGAAUCAAAGUUUUUUUAAGCUUUUCACCGGGCAAUGAAUUUUAAAAUCACAGGAGUAGAGACGAUCUCAAGGUACUGCAUGUUCUAUCCUCACAGAUGAAGACAGAGAAGAGCUUUGUUUGUAGCCUACAAAUGGAUGAUUAUCUUGUAUUUAAACACAUGUCCUUCAUCAAACCACAAUGCUCUGCUUUUACGCCUCAUUCUUGUCACUAUCGCGAUGUGCAGGAAACCCGGAGCUGUCCACGUGUCCCAUUGGUCGUCUUACGAGGGUGGACAGAGCUAAUCGUAGCAAAAAGAGAUGAGACGCCUCCUCUGAAGUGUCCCCCAUGUUGAAAUGCAGCCAGCAUUAAGUAAAGGGAAGGAAUGCCAUAAAACAGUGUUAAAUAUACAGGAAGUGUUCUUCUAUAGCCGUCUUGUUCUGCACUCGUUUGAAACUGUUCAUCACUUUUCUGUCAACCACACGUCACCUCACCGUCCUCUAAACUGACAGCUCAUCCUCACGCGUACACAUUAUUUAAGCAAACCUGGUUGAAAAUGACUGUAAUUUUCCUUAUUUAUGAAAUUAAUGUAGAGAGAAAAAAAAAAGACAUAAUGGUUUCUAAAAGUGAGUGUAUUUAUUAUGUGGCUGGUGUGUGGAGAGUGUGAAUGCGAUGUACAGUGAGAGGAGCUGGAGAGCCGUCCAGCGAAGCACCUUCUGAUGUGGAGACUCAAACAGAUGAAGUGAAGACAACUGUCUGCUACACGUAUGUUAUUAAAAACACAAUGACUCCAUCCUGCUGGGAUAGAUUCAUAAUUGUGUCACUACAAAUAGCAGUGUUAUUUGUUUUUUUGUUUUGUUGUUUAUUUUCUCCUGGUGGCCAUUGUGUGGCUUUAUCUUCUUCCAGUCACUGUAUUUGUCUCAUUAACAGAAACUGUAAAUGCUAUGUACUGAAUUACUGUAAGUAUAGUAUGAGUUGUUCUGAGGACACACGUUGUUUCCACAUGAAUCCACUCUUUGAUUUGGUUUGUAGCGAUGUCUUAUGUCAGAUCUUCUUUAACAUGGAUUCACAAACACAAAAUAUACAAUUUACAGCCCAAAAACCAGGAAGAGAAUAGUUUCACCUUUUGGGAAAAACUAAUUAUUUGACUUUGGAUUUCACGCCCAUGUGCUUUUUACUCCAGAGAUGUAGCAGCAGCUAGCAGCUGGUUAACUCUGCACUAAGACUGGAAUCAGGAGGAAACAUGUAGCCUAGCUUUGUUAAACCAAAACAAAAUCCACCCACCGACACUUAUAAAUCUCAUUAAACUACAAGUCGUAUCUUUACUUAAUCUGCCAAUGAAACAAUGUGUUUAUCUGCCCGACUGUUUCUUGGCAGCCAGCAGACUCCAGGAAUCUGAGGUCUGCAGGUGCCACCAAGUUAAACUUAAGACUGUUAGGACCAUAAUGAAGGAAAUGUAGGGUCUAUAACCUCCCUAUAAUUGAGAAUGAGGUGAAGUUGCCAAAUCUAGAAAAACUCUCAACCUGAUUUUCAGUGAUCAUUUCUACGUUUUUGUAAGUUUAUUACAGCGUUUUAAUAUCUGAAUUGUUGAGAUAGAUCUACAACAUGUGGCAACAUUACCAACUAUGCAGGCCUCAAGAAAAAACAUUUCAAACUGUGACAGAAGUCGCUUUAAAUGAAGUUAAACACAAUUAACAACUACCUAAACAUCCGGAUAGACCUUGUACAUAAUGUUCCAACAUAUUUAAGACUAUUUAGGCCUUGAGUUCCUGAUUAUAGAUUUUUUUAAGACCCUGAAACAAACAUUCUUAUCGUGUUUGAACUGCUUGCAUACACGAAAUGAAUUGUGUCUUAAUUAUUCCACAGGGCCAGGAUGACUAAUCCCAGUCUUUAUCCUAAGCUAACAGGCUGCAGGCUCCAUCUUCAUAUUCAACACUGAGAUAUGAGAAAUGUUUCCGAUCUCCUGAUCAGCGAAAAAAAGAAAGCAAAUCAGCCAUUUUCCUAAAAGAUUGAACUCAUUCUUUCAUCAUAUGAAAUCAUGUCUCAUAUUCCUGUCAGUGCCAAAGAGUCUUCCAUGGUAUUUUGAAAACUUUAGGGGGGGGAGGCUGUUGUCAUAGUUUCAGAUGAGCAACCCCUUCAAAUGUGAUUACCCAGAAUUCCUAAAAAUGACUUCAUCCCCAAGACAUGAGCAGUACAGUGUCAAAUAUUUGUACGGAAUAUGAAUACGUUUGUAAAUAACUUAUAUUUGUGUCCCUAUUAUCUGUUUACAUGAACAGAACUUACCCACAAGGAUGAACAGUGUUAACAGACAUUUGGUUGUCUAGAGCAAAACUAUGAAACUGUGUAGACCCCUCCUCAGUGUCCAGCAGCAAGUGUCUCCUCCUUGUCAUUCAGUGUCUGGUAGGUGGAAGUUAUUUGUGCAAAUACUCUGUAAAGGUCAGUUUUUUAAUGUCACAGGAAGCGGUUUUGUUUUACAACUCAAAUUGAGGAAGAACAAAUUGUCAAGAAUUGUGUCAUUCUCCCCUCGGCGGUGACAUUGUUUUGUUGUAAGUCAGCUGAAGCUCACAUCUGUUCCAGCUGCUGAUCUCAGAUCUGCUUCCUGGGGAUUGAAGUUCCAUCCAACUGACGUGUACUUUUAUGAACUACACCCUGAUCAGUUUUAGCCAGAAAGGGACUUUCACCUGUUAAAACGUAUCUUGUGUUCUCAUGGUAAAUAGAUCAAAGCUUGUGUUUGACUGCGAGCAUCACUGUCUGUAAAGGAUAAGAUUAUAAAGAAGAGACAAACUACUGAUUUUGUAAUUACUGGAAUAUAUUGAUGGGUGCAUUAACAUAUUUUGAAUAAAUUGUAUAUUUUGAGAAUUUUA